CGUGUGAUUCUUUUGUACCCCGGCCGGCUAGCGGCAGCGUCUGUGGGAGUAGAAUCACUUCCGUAUAGUUAUGGCGGGUCACCUGAAGAAUCUGUCCGCCGUGUGGAGGAAGGUUUCUGCCGCCGCCGCUCUGCCGCACACCUGCCCGGUUGUCAUCCCAGCAGCGGCGGCUUUCAGCGCACGGCACGGACCGCAGCACAGGAACUAUGCAACAUCACGCAUCAAGGUGGAGCAGCCGGUGGUGGAGAUGGACGGAGAUGAGAUGACUCGCAUUAUCUGGGAGUUCAUCAAAGAGAAGCUCAUCCUGCCCAACGUGGAUGUGGAGCUGAAGUACUUUGACCUGGGUCUGCCCUACAGAGACCAGACUAAUGACCAGGUCACCAUUGACUCCGCUCUGGCAACAAAGAAGUUCAACGUGGCUGUGAAGUGUGCGACCAUCACCCCCGACGAGGACAGAGUGGAGGAGUUUAAACUAAAGAAGAUGUGGAAGAGCCCAAACGGAACCAUCAGGAACAUCCUGGGUGGAACCGUUUUCCGGGAGCCGAUCCUUUGUAAAAACAUCCCCCGACUUGUUCCUGGUUGGACGGUUCCCAUAACGAUCGGCAGACAUGCUUUUGGUGAUCAGUAUAAGGCCACAGACUUCGUUGUGGACCAGCCGGGGAAGUUCAGUAUCGUCUUUUUACCAGCAGAUGGAGAGAAUCAGCAGGAGUGGGAAGUGUUCGACUUUCCUGCCGGUGGCUGUGGAAUGGGAAUGUACAACACGGAUGAGUCCAUCAGUGGAUUUGCUCACAGCUGCUUCCAGUACGCCAUCCAAAAGAAGUGGCCUCUGUACAUGAGCACCAAAAACACCAUCCUGAAGGCCUACGACGGGCGCUUCAAAGACAUCUUUGAGGACAUCUUUGGUAAGCAGUACAAGCCAGAGUUUGACAAGCUGAAGAUCUGGUACGAGCACCGUCUCAUUGAUGACAUGGUGGCUCAGGUCCUGAAGUCCUCUGGAGGUUUUGUUUGGGCUUGCAAGAAUUAUGAUGGAGAUGUGCAGUCUGACAUUCUGGCUCAGGGCUUUGGGUCUCUGGGUCUCAUGACUUCAGUGCUGGUGUGUCCGGAUGGUAAGACCAUCGAGGCUGAGGCUGCUCACGGCACAGUCACCAGACAUUACCGUGAACACCAGAGGGGACGACCGACCAGCACUAACCCCAUCGCCAGCAUCUUUGCCUGGACCAGGGGACUUGAGCACAGAGGCAAACUGGAUGGAAAUGCUGAUUUGAUCAGUUUUUGCCAAUCGUUAGAAAAGGUCUGUGUGGAGACUGUGGAAAGCGGUCUGAUGACCAAAGACCUGGCGGGCUGCAUCCACGGCAUGGCCAACUGCAAGUUGAACCAACAUUAUAUCAACACGUCGGACUUCCUCGAUGCUAUCAAGACCAACCUGGACAAGGCUCUUCAAAAAUAAAAACUGAUUUCAUGAACAGACUAAAACAUAAUUUCCAAUUUCUCUGGAAACAACGUCACCCUUUUUCCAAGUUGUUUUUCAGUUGUACAGCUCACUUUACCUUUGUCUGUUAGUCUAAUUGCUAUUAUUAGGUACAUUUUAUUAUUAUUGCCUACAACCUAUAAUAGACAUUGUGGGGAAAACAUUUUAAUAAGUGUUUUUCAAUAAUGGCAUUUUUAUUUUUAUAUAUAUUCAAUAUUUCUGCAUUGUAAUUUUAAGCAGAUGUUUAAAUAAGUCUUAAUUUCACGUAGCAUGAACGCAGUCCUAAAUUCUAAGCUUCCAUUAGAAAGAACACGCCACCGAAUGGAAGCUUAGGCAAAUAUUCGUUUUACCACGAGCUUCCACCAGAUGUCGACAAAGGUGUAGUGGGACGCAUCCGCACGUCAUCCAUGUCAGAGGUGAAUUGAUCCAACAUUUCUCUGUUCUUUUAUUAAAUCAACUUAAAUGUACAUUAAUAUAUAUCUGAAUUCCCACCCCCGUUAGCUCCACUUUUAUGAAAGAAAUCUGCGUUUCAAAUGUGAACACACAGCCUGAGAUAUUAGGUAAAACGCUAAAGAAUAAUAUUUUGACCUGUGUUUACACAGGAGACUGAGAAAAAACCCAUCACCUCACCUGCCAUCAUGAUAAGAAAGUACAUAAAUAAAUAAUAAUUUCCACUGA